AAGAGAGAACUAAAGCAAACCAAAAAUGCCGUUAAGGGUCAUCCAGGCACUAACAUUUUUGUUCUUUGCAACAUCAACCACCACAGCCCACGACUAUUCUUCAGCCUCAGCAACACCAGCGAUUUCGGAAUGGAGAUCAGCACAGGCGACCUACUACGCUUCAUUGGAUCCUCGAGACACAGUGGGGGGUGCGUGCGGGUACGGCGAUUUGAUGAAGCGAGGUUACGGCAUGGCCACCGUGGGUCUGAGCAGUGUUCUCUUCGAGAAGGGUCAGAUCUGUGGUGCUUGUUUCGAGCUCAGAUGUGUUGAUGAUCUCAAGUAUUGCAUCCCUGGGACCUCCAUCAUCGUCACGGUCACUAAUUUCUGUGCUCCCAACUAUGGCCUUGAGGCCGAUGGUGGUGGCCAUUGCAACCCUCCCAAUCGCCAUUUCGUUCUACCGAUUGAGGCUUUCGAGAAGAUCGCCAUUUGGAAGGCCUCGAACAUGCCCGUUCAGUAUCGUAGGAUCAAAUGCAGAAAGGAAGGAGGAAUGCGAUUUACAAUUGAUGGCUCUGGUUAUUUCUACUCGGUCUUGAUCAGCAAUGUUGCAGGUGCUGGAGAUGUAGUGGCUGUGAAGAUCAAAGGAUCAAAAACAGGGUGGCUGCAGAUGGGGAGGAAUUGGGGCCAAAUUUGGCACAUAAAUGCUGAUCUCAAGAAUCAACCCCUCUCAUUCGAGGUUUCAGCAAGUGAUGGUGCCACAGUUACAUCUUACAAUGUUGCACCCAAGGACUGGAAUAUUGGACAGACCUUUGAAGGGAAACAAUUCCAGUGAUAGGAACACUUACAACAAAUGCAAAAGCAGCACAAAGAUAGUUAGGAAACCAUUCCACUCAUUUUGUGUUCUCUUAAAGAGAGGAAGGAGGGAGGGGGGUUUGAUUACUGAUGCAAAUGGUGAUUCUGCAUCGAGGUUUCAGUCUUUUGACACAGAUCAUCAGGAAAGAUUGGUAGUUUUGAGUCAGUCUUGAGGGAAAAGCAACAAGGGGGUAUUUGCCUAGGGUUGAGCGUUGGGUGGAAGGGCUUAGCAAUGCCAUGGAAGUGAAUUUUGGGGUAAAAAUCAAUUAUAAGUUUUGAUGGUAGCUCAUAAUCUAGAUGUUGGCAGUGGAAGGAAAUUCUUUUUGUAUU